UACCUCGCACAUGCCUGGUGGAUGCCACUCCAACGACCUUCUCUGGCGGCAUUGUUGGCCCCCGGACGCAGCAGGAGCCAUCUGUCCCGCUGACAAGCCGUUCCAACGUCUCCAGAGUCGGAGCCCAGCAGCAGCAUGGCCCCCACCCCGAACAAGGCGGUGAACGAGUUAGGCUGCGGCGGACUGAAAUCAGACAGAAAGCUGAGGAAGCCGCUCAUCGAGAAGAAAAGGCGAGCUCGUAUCAACGAAAGUUUACACGAGCUCAGAGCCCUGGUCGCCGACACUGACCUACAGUCAAAGAUGGAGAACGCCGAAGUUCUGGAGAUGACGGUCAAACGAGUGGAGAGCAUUAUACAAAGCCGGGCAAACGACAUGGACGCCGAGAACCGGGAGGCGUGCGAGCGCUUCGCCGCCGGCUACAUCCAGUGCAUGCACGACGUGCACACGUUCGUGUCCAGCUGCCCGGGGGUUGACCAGAGCGUCGCCGCGGAGCUGCUGAACCACCUCCUGGAGAGCAUGCCGCUCAACGGUCAGCGAGAGCUGCGGACGACGCCGCCGGACUCCGCGGCGGAGUCGCCCGUGUCCGAGAGCAUGUACGCGGCCCUGGCCUCCCCCGGGGCCUCCACUGCUUCCACCGACGACCUCUGCUCGGACCUGGAGGAGACAGAUUCAGAGCAAAGUCAGGUUUCAUCCUCGGAGGAGGCCGAACUCUAUGAUGCCUCCCCUUACUACAAGUCAAUGUGGAGACCCUGGUAGAAGCUUUUCAUUGUGCAGAACCAUCAGACGAGAUAAUCAUUGUCUUUCAGUAGAAACUAUCGACCAAAUAAUAACACAACAAACCUGUGAGUUCUAGGGCUAGUUUUGGUCAUUCUGUGUAUAUAUUUGCCUGUUAAAAAGCCUAAACUGUAGCAAUACAUUACUAAAUGUGUGUAAAUAAGCUUUAAUUUCACUGUUUUUUCCCCCACCUAUUUAUACAUGUUA